UUCUCUCUUUCUUCCGAAUAUCUAAUCCCAUAUAUCUGUUUCUUUUUAAAUCAGAAUAUACGCAUAACGCAGUACAGGGGAUGCAUGCAUCAGCAUGUAUUGCGCUGUCGAGCUCUUCACGCGCAAGCGCAAUUUGCCGAGAAAUGUCAAACAGACCAAUUCUUUUCUUUCUUUCUUUCUCCCUCCUACUGUGCGUUAGAUAAUCAUUUUCGUCGAAUGAAACGCAUCUCAAGCAUGACGCCGAGCGUGACGCCGGCCAAGGAGAAUACGCUGCGUGAUCGUGCUUGUUGAUGCGAUUUGCUAUCUCUCGUGAAUCCUCCACCGUGUUUGUGGCGUCACAUCGUGAUUUCCAUGAGAUUAACUCACAAACGACAGAAUGCCAAUAGACAUACUCAUGGCUUCACCGGCCCGUUGCUCCAUAACGAGAUACCUGGCAGCACGUUGCUCCUCCACAAAUCGUAACUCCAUGCGUUGAGUCAUAUUCCAUUGGCAUUAUUAAGCAAACAUCGACCGAAUGCUCAUUCGUUACGACGCUCACACAUCAAUUGUCAACGAAGUAGAAACUCCAACGAAGAUAGAAGUGUAAUUAUAAUGCCUGUGUGCAAUUCCGGAAGUUGUUGAGUCCUAGAUAAAUUAGAUAAACGAUAAGAACUGAGCGCAGAGAUGGUACGCGUGAUAACGGUACACAAUUUCCUAGGGCAGAAUGUUGCCCAAAUCGAGGAGCCCACUGCGACGUGCACAGCAAUCAGCCAGGGACAGGAGAUGCUCCUACUGGCAUUGCCCACACAUUGCGUGGAGGUAUGGGAGCUGAUGAAUUCGGACGUUAAACUGCGUACUGUUUUCCCCACAGUGGAUAUGAUCAAUCAAAUGGUACAUUGCACUAAGGGAGAUUAUGUCGUGACGCUGGAAUCAAAAUAUCUCAGAGAUACUGCGAGCAAUAAUCAUGCAAAUAGAGCUACUUCUAAUUUUGUAAGGAUUUAUGUAAAUUGGGCUAUAGCGAAGGAUCAGAGUCAGCCAAUGCGAGCCAGGAUUGCCGGUCGAGUCACGCCGAGUUUAAAUCGACCCUUGAACAGCUUAGAAAUGAUUGAGUUACCUCUGAGCGUGCAGCCUACAUUGAUUGCUUGUUGCCAGUGCACUGGAAACUUACUCAUAGCCUCGGGAAACAGUGCCAUUCUGCACGAGUUCAAAAUUGAGACGCAACAAGUAUCAAAGAUAAAGUUUAUAGAUUUCGAGCCUAGACCAUGGUCAUUAGGAUUCACAUUCAUACCUACGCGCAUGGAAAUCAUAGAGGAUUUUAUAACAAUCAUGGAUAAUACAACUUUAUCCGUUUUUCGUCUUACAAACUCAAUGUAUGAAGAUAUUGACCAACUUAGCUCUUUAACUUCCACUUCUUCUUCCGUCGACAAAACAUCCAUAUCCACAGAUUCAUCUCUUGUAGAAAAUAGCAGUAGUCUUGGAAAUGACGAUUCGUUACUGCAGGGAACAAAUAUAAAGCACAAAACUAUAGAUCAAGAUUGUCAAUAUGUGACACCUGAAAAUAAUGAGACAGUAACAUCCAAUGUAAAAUCUAAGGAUAAAAAACACAAGGGCACAAAAGGAAGUACAUGGUAUAAGUCAGAAACAGGCGAUUUCAACAAAACAAAGGCAAGUAAUAAUAAGAAUUACAUAGAUUGGGAACACCUAAUAUACAAUGAGAAAGAUGAGAUGCAAAGGCUAAUUACGCAAGGAAUUAUCGAUCCCUCUUCACAGCAAUUGACGGUGAAUCUGCCAUUGAUAAGUUUAGAAAGAGCUGAUCCAGGUCAUGCUUUCAGUCCUUUUAUAUUAAAUCCAGCGGACAUAAGAAUUUUUAUCAAAACAACCUCACCUGAUGUAGGAUGGUCUGAAAAUUAUAUGAUAAAAAAUUUAUUAUGUCUAAAAAUCAAUGUUGGAAAUAAUAAUGCCAAGGUAAAUGGAAUUCUAGAAAUCUUCAAAUGCAUGGUGUUGAAGCCGUUGUACAUGAAGAAGGAAUGUAACAUCACUGGUGUGAAGAAAUCUAUGUUACGAUCUGACAAGUACAGAUACUUGCAAGGUGUAAGUUGCUUCGUUUGUACUACGCAGGAAGGAUAUCUAUAUCACUUCGCCGCGGCAAGCAGCAGUUCUGUGGAUACGACGUGCCUGACCACUUAUCCAUUCACUGCACCUGUUCAUCAUGUGACGCUGGAGCACACAGUACUUCAUGCAUUGACCGAGGCUGGUCUCGAGUCCUACACAUUGCGUCUUUCUCAUCAUAUCGCGAAAUUGUCAAAUAGUACAGAUGGUAUGAGAGCGACUUGUCCCAGUAUCAUCGAACCGAUAAGUCUGAUUGGUUUAAGACCAUUCAUAGGAAUACAGAAAUUAUUGCAUACGAGAAGUUAUAUAAUUCUGCUGGCUAAAGCCGACAAUUCAUGGACCAUGUACUCUUUGAACUUACCUAAAUUUGAGAACGUAUAUUUCGAUAUAUUGAAUGCAGCAAAGAAUCACAAAUCCUCUAGUCCAAGCACUUAUCGACAUUUGCUGGGAGAAGCACACGCUUUGAUACGCUUAGCAAAGGAUGUUUUCUACAAUGUGAAUAACGAGGAAUCCGACGAUACGACACACAAGAACGAUCUCAAGUUAAAAAAUCUUUACAAUCAAUCGUGCGCGUUGCUCGCGGAUUACUAUAUACGAUCGGAGAAUGAAUCGGAUUGGGAUUUAUGUAUUUCUUACUACAAAAUGUCUGGGUUAAAGCCUUCGGAAGUAUUAUCCAGGAAAUGCUGUCAGGACGCACCAGGACUCUUGACAUUCUUAACGGAUGCGCUUCUCACAAUGAAAAGCGGAUCCGAGGCGGACGCGCUUUUCCAAGGUCAAAAUAUAAUAGAAAUCAUCUGUAAACUGGAGAAAGAGGAUUUGUUGAAAUUGAUCUUCGGCAGUUCUGUACUAAGGGAGUACGCUACCGAGAAAUUGAUAAAUCUUCUGCUAACACAUGAAACCAGCGAUAUUGUUCAACUCGCCUUGGCGCUCUUAUAUAUCCAAGCAGACAAACAAGAACAAGCGGAGAAGGUGCUGGAACCAGUUUCAGUGCGAUGUAUCAAGCAGAUUGUUUUAGAACGCUGGGAACUGCUAUUCGAUGUAGCCGCAAUAAAAAAGAGGAGACCCAUGAUUGUUACUUUCUCAGAUUUUGCUAGUACCUUGAUGCUCAUAAAGAAUACUACUUUCGCCGACAUUCUGAUACAGAUAAUAGAAGAAGAAGGUACGUUGUCAUUGCAUCAAAUCAUACAGGUGUUCCUGGAGUAUUUGCCAUCGCGAGUUGGAAGAGACGGGCACAACGCAGCCGCCACCUUGCAAGUUUUUCUCGAGAAGUAUUUACAUAAUUAUUUCAGUUCGAAAUUCAUGAUGGAAUGGCCAACUGUAAAUAAAAAUCAGAUACGAUCAGACUUUGCUCUCAUUGAGGCAUUCAAACUAUUAGUGCGAUCAUAUUUAGGCAAAUUAACUCAAACAAAAGUAUAUAAAACGGAUCCUAAAGAGGAUCGGGAAGAAAAUGAUAAAGAAUACUUCAUGUUCGCAAAAUAUCGACAGAGUUAUUUGAACAAAAUGCCACCGUACGCCAAAGAUUACCAAAAAAUUUUAAGCAUGAACGAUUUUAAGGCUAUAACGAAUUUUAACAACGCAUCUGAAAACGAAAAGACUAUACCUAAGGAAUUGUUUAAGUUGCAAUCCGUAUUGUCAUGCGAAUUUCUACCGAUUGAAUGUUUGCACGAGGUCAAGCAGUUUCUCGAAACGCAAAAUAUUGACGGAAAUUUAUCUCUCAAAACAUUAUGCAUCCAAAAUACGGAAGAAGUAACGAUAAUUCUAAUGAAUAGCUGUCCACAAGCUGUAGUACAAUAUGCGAAGGAUAAAUAUACGAAAGAUACUGAAUGGAAGUUUCUUAUUGAAUUAACGCGGGACAAAAUUGCCACUUCAACGACGGAACAGGAGCUACAACUCUUGUAUACACAAAUUAUGAAAGAAAUCCUGAAUUAUUUGCCGCAUGCAUUGCCUAUGAAAAGUCUACAUCGCAUAUUGCCGAGAGAUGACAUGGCAGCAUUUCAAAGAUGCACUGAAAUGUGUAAUCAAAUUAUGCAUGCGGAUCAUGUAAAAUCGUUGAUAAUGGAAACCGGACAACAACUUUUGACAACUCUAAAGUUGUGAACAUAGGGUUCCAUUAAAUAUCAUUUAUUAGCUAAUUUCUAGACAAGGAAGUGAUAAUACUAAGGAAUUACGAAUAUAAAUUCCGAUAUAUCACGUUUUAACAAUGAUAUUGCGGAAGAUUACUUUGUGUGCACUUAUACUCGCAGAUUAACCAUUUCUACAAACAUUUCACAUAUGUUCCUGAUUAAUACAGUCAUGUAAACUGAUGUUCGUUAGUUAAUAGUUGUGCCGAUGCACGCAUUUUUAACAAUUAGUAACUUUCAUCAAUUAUUAAAUGAAAUUCGAAGAGAUAUUAUAAAUAGAAUUCAUCUAUAAUUAACUGUUGAAUCGUUCUAUAUAGAUAUAUUAUAUUAUAACUAAAAAUGUAAAAUCUGUCCCAGAGCGAAGGUGAUGUAAUACUUAAUACAUAAAGCUUUAUGUAAAAUAACGAAUGUAUACGAAAAUUAGAAAUUUGGAGU